AUGGGUUGUUCUUUCUUCGCUUGCUUUCGUUCCUCUAAACACAAAAAACUUACCGGCAAAGUUCAGGAAAAUGGUAGUAGCAAGCCACAACAACAACAAAGUGUAGUACUACCUUUGGUUCAGGAUCACCCCCAGAGUGAAACCCUUGUUAGCCCUUCACUACAAAAACUCCAGGAUAAAACUGAAGAGGAACUAAGUGUUGGCUUGAAAAAGAAAGUGACUUUUGAAUCGAAUGUGAAGACAUGUGAAUCUGUUUUGGCUGAGAAGGAUACUGAAGAAGGUGUUGUGCGCAAUACUGAAGGUGGAAAGGAAGAAAGUUCGGCUAAAACAACUCAAUCAAAGUCAUUUUCUUCUGAAGAUAGUUCAGUGACUUCAACUGGGUCUUACCCUUCUAAUCAUAGGUAUCAGAAUUGCAGGGAUAGUGACGAGGAAGAUGAAGAACUUAAUGAUUGGGUUGAUGAUCUUAGCGAUGAUGAUGAUGAUGGAAUUAGGGAAGAACGUGAUGAAUUGGGUGUGGAGUUUGAAGAAGAUGAUAUGGCAUAUUCAAAGUUGAGAGUGGUAGAUGAUGUGGAUCAUGUGUUUGCUGAGGAGGUGGAGAGUCCUAUUCGUAUCUGUGAAAAGGAUGUGGAGACUAUUGGACUCAACCCUAAUGCUAGAGACAGAAGUGUUUAUGUUCAUCCUGUGUUGAACCCGGUUGAAAACCUAUCUCAGUGGAAAGCUGUCAAGGCUAGAAGAAGACCAACAUUAAGGCCUCAGAAAGAGAAUAAUGUUUGUUCCAAUCCUGAAUCACAGGUUGCAUUUGGUGUUAAGGAAGUCUCAGAAUCCGACAACACACCAAAGAAGUCGAACAAGGAAAUUGCAGUUGAUGCUAGCCUUUCUAAUUGGCUUGGUUCAUCAGAGACUACACCUGUUAACAAGACUACUUUGUAUGCUGGUGGUAGUUUUGGUACUCCUGAUAGGAGCAGCUCACAGCAAGGUUCAAACUCUGUGAUGAGCCUGGAAGACAGGCCUAUUUUAGGUGCUUUAACGGUGGAAGAGAUUAAGCAAUUCUCUGCCACUCCGUCUCCGAGGAAGUCACCUUCUAAGAGUCCAGAUGAUAUGCCGAUUAUAGGAACAGUUGGGUCCUAUUGGCAUUUUGCUGAGGAUUCUGGCUCAGCUUCAUCCUUUAAAGGAAUUCCAAACACAACUAGCAAGUAUAGAGAGGAUAGGAAGGUGAAUUGGCACACAACUCCAUUUGAGACAAGGUUAGAGAAAACAUUGAAUAGAGGUGCUGCAGAAGCUGCUUCUACUUGUGUUCCCUGUGUGGCUUAG